CAGGCGCGGACAGGCUGCGCGUAUAAUCUUUGCCCCCUCGAUGUGAAGCGGCUCCCAGCGUCAGUCGUCUGCCGGCAAUCGAGCGCAAUGCCGUGGUUCACGCGCGGGCUCAGUAUGGCCCAGUUACUAAUACUAUCCCUACUGACUUUAAUACAAACUGUACAAGGACAAGACUAUUAUCACACCCCCCGUAUAGGACCUCAAAAACUUGCCUCGUGUUACGCAAGCGACGGCAGACCUCAGCGAUGCAUCCCGGAGUUCGAGAACGCUGCUUUCAUGGUACAAAUGGAAGCAACCAACACCUGUGGUGAAAACGGUCCCAAGAUGUACUGCAUUCAAACUUCGGCUGGAACUUCGACCAGGUCGUGCGAUUACUGCCAGCCGGGCCAAUUCUCCAGCUACUUCCUCACUGACCUUCACCACGAGCAGAACAAUCAGACCUGGUGGCAGUCGGAGACCAUGAUGGAGAACCGACAACACCACCCGUACCGGGUGAACCUCACACUGCACCUGGGAAAGGCGUAUGAUGUGACGUACGUAAAGGUGGUGUUCUACUCUCCGCGACCCCAUAGUUUCGCCAUAUACAAGAAAACCAGCGAAGACAGAGAUUGGGAACCCUUCCAAUAUUUCAGCGCCUCCUGCCGUGACACCUACGGCGUGAACGAGCAGAAGUCCGCGGAAAUAAACGACGAAACCCGAGCGCUGUGCACUAGCGAGUACUCUGACAUCUCGCCCUUGUCAGGGGGUAACGUGCUAUUCUCCACGCUGGAGGGCCGGCCCUCAGCGUACACCUUCGACAGCAGCCCAGAGUUACAGGAAUGGGUAACGGCGACAGACCUGCGCAUUUCCCUGGAGCGUCUGAACACCUUCGGAGACGAGAUCUUCGAUGAUGCCCAAGUCUUGCAAUCCUACUGGUAUGCCAUCGCGGACAUCAACGUGGGUGGUAGAUGCAAGUGCAACGGACACGCCUCUGUCUGCGACACCCGUGAGUUGCCUGAUGGCACCAGGAGUAGAUCUUGCAGGUGUGAACACAACACAGCCGGCAGAGAAUGUGGGAAAUGUUUGGACUUCUACAACGACGCACCGUGGGGCCGCGCGUCGUCCACUAACGUACACGAGUGCAAAGCUUGCAACUGCAACGGCUUCUCCGAUAAGUGCUACUUCGACCAGGAGUUGUAUGAGCAGUCAGGUCACGGAGGACAUUGCAUUGACUGCGCUGAGAACAGAGACGGGCCCAAUUGUGAGCGGUGCCGCGAGAACUACUAUCAAGGAGAGAGGGAGAUUUGCUUGCCGUGUAACUGCGAUACUGUUGGCUCUCGAAGUCUGCAGUGUAAUGCUGAAGGGCGUUGCCCGUGCAAGCCUGGAGUGACAGGCGACAAGUGCGACGUAUGCGCAGCCAACCAUUACGACUUCACCAUCCAGGGAUGCAAGCCAUGCGAUUGUUACGAACCAGGUUCAUACGGCAACUCGCCUCAGUGCCAUCCGGACACGGGUGUUUGUGUCUGCAAACAGAACGUGGAGGGCAAGCGUUGUAGAGAAUGCAAGCCGGGUUUCUUCAACUUGGACUUGGACAACGAGUUCGGAUGCACGCCAUGCUUCUGUUUCGGCCAUUCAUCAGAAUGCAGCUCGGCUCCGAAGUACCAGGCCCACGAGAUCAGCGCGCACUACAUCAGGGACGCCGAGAAGUGGACUGCGGAAGAUGAAAACUCCAAUUCUGCUGAGCUGAAAUUCAAUGCUAACACGCAAAAUAUUGCCGUUCAAGCACGUGGCCCCGAAGUGGUGUAUUUCGUGGCUUCUAACAACUUCCUUGGCGACCAACGACCUUCGUAUAAUCACGAUCUCAAGUUCACUUUGCGGCUUGGCGAGGCAAGAGGCUAUCCAUCUUCGCAAGACGUCAUCCUUGAAGGAGCUCGCACGUCUGUCUCCCUCAACAUUUACGGCCAAAACAACCCUGAACCUUCAGAUCAGGCUCAAGAAUAUACCUUCAGACUUCAUGAAGAUCCUAAAUAUGGGUGGACGCCUACAUUGUCAAAUUUCGAAUUCAUGUCGAUACUUCAAAACCUAACUGCUAUCAAAGUUAGAGGGACGUACAAUAAGGGAGGUUUAGGGUAUUUGAUGAAUUUCAAAUUAGAGACCGCCAAAGUUGGGAGGGAGAGGGGAUCGGCGCCGGCUAACUGGGUGGAGAAGUGUACUUGCCCAAGCGCGUAUGUGGGUGACUACUGUGAAGAGUGCGCCCCUGGCUACAAGCAUGAGCCCGCGAAUGGAGGACCUUAUUCUACAUGCAUACCUUGUGACUGUAAUGGUCACGCCCACAUUUGUGAUACAGCUACUGGUUUCUGUAUCUGCAAGCACAACACAACCGGCAGUAAUUGUGAGCUCUGCGCCAAGGGUUUCUACGGGAACGCCAUCACGGGGACUCCCGACGACUGCAAACCUUGCCCGUGCCCUGAAGAUAGCGGGUGUAUCCAGUUGAUGGACAACAGCAUUGUGUGUACCGACUGCCCUGUAGGAUAUGCUGGGCCGCGAUGUGAGGUCUGCGCUGACGGUCACUUCGGUGACCCUACGGGCCAGUUUGGGCCCCCCUCGAAGUGCACAGAGUGCCAAUGCAACGCUAACGUGGACCCAAACGCUGUCGGCAACUGCAACAGAACUACUGGGGAGUGUCUCAAGUGCAUCUAUAAUACUGCCGGCGAUCACUGCGACAAGUGCUUGAGUGGUUUCUUUGGAGAUGCCUUGGACCCCAAGAAGAAGGGCGACUGCAAGCCGUGCCAGUGCCUCGAAGCUGGUACCCUGGAGAGCCCUGAUGGAGCCCCUCAGUGUGACGGCCUGACGGGGUAUUGCUCGUGCAGACCUCACGUCGUUGGGAGAAACUGUGAUAAGUGUGAAGACGGAUAUUACAAUAUCUUCUCCGGGGAAGGCUGUAAGCCUUGUGAAUGCAACUUGGAAGGGUCGUUUAACUCCACUUGUCAUCCUCUUACCGGCCAGUGCUACUGCAAGCCCGGAAUUGACGGGAUCCACUGUGACCGUUGCAAACAAUACCACUAUGGCUUCUCUCCCGAUGGUUGCCAUAAUUGUGAUUGUGACGACUGGGGCUCCAACACCUACCAGUGUGACAUGUCCGGACAGUGCUCCUGCCAGAAGAAUGUGGAGGGACGUCGUUGUGACAGAUGUAUGGAAAACAAGCGGCGUCGAGGUGAUGGUUUUGGGUGUGAAGACUGCCCUGCUUGCUAUAACCUUGUGUUGGAUGCUGUCAACCAGCACAGAAAAGAGCUCAAGGAAUUAGAUGAUAUUCUUUCGAAGAUCUCCAAAGCUCCAACUGUGGUGGAGAAUGCCGAUUUCGACAACGAACUGGCUCGAGUACGCGCUGAAAUCGAGGCUCUGUCUAGGGAUGCGCAGUCUGAAGCUGGAACCGGUUCUGGAGAAAGUCUCACUGACACCCUCUCUGAACUGGCCAAUAGGCUCUCUGAUGUUAAAAACAUGCUCCGAAAGAUUGAAGACGAGAGUUACGAUGGUAAAGAAGCGGUAGCAGAGAGCAGGGCCAGUCUUUCUAAAGCUGAAGACACAAUCGAAGCAGCUGGUAAAGAGAUCAAUAGCGCUUUGGAGUACUUGGAUGGGGAAGGAGCAGCCGCAUUCAACAAGGCUCGAGAUCGAUCCGACCAGUUUGGUAAACAGUCGGGUGAGAUGUCGGAUCUCGCUAAGGAAUCUCGUCGCUUGGCAGAGAAAAUCGAAGCGGAGGCUAGAAAUAUCAGAGACAUAGCUGUAAGCGCCUUCAAUAACUCUAUAGCUGCCAAUAAGAACGCCAAAGACGGCAUCAAUAAGCAAGCUAAUAUUAGCAACGAGAUCCAGAUUCUUACUACGGAACUGAACGCGGCUUCUGGCAAGCUGAACAGUAUGGUCGAGCUGGCUGACCAGGCUCUCGCCAGGGCUAAAGACGUGUACGAUGAGGCUUUAGGACUAUAUGCCCAAGUCAACACAACUAUGCUGCCAGAUAUCAACAUUGACAAGUUGAAGCAGGAAGCUACUGCUAUGAAUAAAACGAUCGAGGAUAAAUCUGCAGACUUGGACCGCUUGAUGUCGAACAAUAAAGAGGUACUCAAUAACCUCCAAGAUGCGGUGCAACGCGGCAGGGAACUGAUGGACCUCGGCCACGAUAGACAGGACGAACUCAACGAUUUGUUGGCUAAGCUCGACGAGCUUCACGCUCAGGCCAAAAACGACGUCGAGCUAACUAAUGCCACGUUGAAAGAAGCCAACGAAAUCUACAAAACUCUGAAAGAAUUCACUGAUCAAGUGGAGCAGUCCCGCCAGAAAGCAGCCCAGGCCGUGCAAGACGUGCCUUCAAUCCAGGAGAAGUUGACUGUCGCUGAAGAGAGCAUCAACUUCGUCACUGAAGAGCUGUACACGGCUGGGGAAAAGGCGAAGGAAGCUAGGGACUUGGCUCAAGAGGCGCGAAAGGAAUAUGCCGAUAAGGCUUCCGAGGCGGCACAUGAAAUUAAAAAGAAAGCAUCUUUAGCUCGAGUGGACGCCGUUAGGUUGAGAGACGAAGCUGAUAAACUGUCUACCCGUGUUCAAGGCACGGAACAACAGUUAAAGAAGUUGGAACAAGAUGCUGCAGAGAACAUGAAACUCACUCAUGAUGCCAAAACUAAAGUUGGCCAGGCAAAUACCGAUGCCAGGGAAGCCGAGAAACAGGUCUCCAAAGGACUGGAAGACCUGAAGGUCAUUAUGGAUGAACUAACUAAUCUUCCCACAUUGGACGAUGAUUCUUUGGAUAAAUUGAAGGAUAGCUUAGAUAAGGCCGAAGCUGCUCUUAUGGCCGAAGACCUUGAGGGGAAAAUCAAGUCACUCACAGAAGCUAAGAAUAACCAUCAAAGAUGGAUGAAACAAUACCAAGACGAGCAUGACCAUUUGCGUCUUGAGGUUGAUAAUGUGAAGGAUAUUCUGGAACAACUUCCGAAUGGAUGUUUCAAGAGGAUCGAAUUGGAACCAACCGAGGGACCCAGCCGGCCAGCAGCCCUUAGAUAGAAUAUACGACAUAUAGAUACAUAAAUACAUAUAUUUAAUAGCACAUUGUACACCGAGAAAAGAAAGCAUCUUCUAACAAGGGUAUAUUAUCUUAGAGCCGGAGACGCAUGUCGAGGGCCGCGAAUACCCGAGUCGUGAAUCUUACUUUCUUUCGGGUGAUACAUAGUGCAUUGUACGACGCCUGCAUGCGGAUAUUAAGAAAAUAAUAAUAAAAUUCAAUUUGUCCCACGUCCAUCAUAUAUUCGCAUUUCCAGUUUUUUUUUUUCGUAGAAUAAAAUUUUCUGCCAGUCUGC